AGGUUAGCUUCCCCGGACUGCAGAGAGUUGCUCGAUGACGACCAAUGGGCCGAACAUGGCCAUAUUUGGAGCCCUCAACACCGGUGAGAUGUAAACAAAAUCCAUUGAAGUCGGCCUGCUCGAGACGCACUCUUGCCGACAUGUCCUCGGAGCAAAACAUUGCCAUCGUGAUGGAGGACAAAACGUACGAGGUGAACAAGAGGAAGCUGAUCGAGAAGAGCGACUACUUUCGUGCGCUGUACAGCUCGGGGAUGAAGGAGUCCACGGAGGACUCGGUACAGCUGCAGGGCCUCAGCGCCCCCGGGCUGGAGCUGGUCCUGGAGUUCAUCAACACCUCUAAAGUGGAGAUCGCCAACGAGACCCUGGAGGACCUGAUCGAGACCGCCUCCUUCCUGCAGGUCACCUCCAUCCUCAAGAUCGUGACGGCGGAGAUCCGGCCGGACAACUGCGUGGAGCUCUACAGCCUCUCCGAGGUCUACGGAACCCACGAGCUGCGCGGCGCCUGCCUCAAAUUCAUGAGCUGCUUUUACCACCCGAUGAUGAGGCGAGCCGAGUUCCGCAGCCUGCCUCCCACCGUCAGGGAGCAGGCGAGGGAGAUGCGGAUGCGGGGCGCCGCCACCCUGGUGGCCAUGGGGGACUUUAGCAGCCUGUGCCUGGACGUGCCGGACCAGGACGAGCCCUGGUCCAUGCUGAGGUACGGUGAGGCUGAGCAGCGCUGGAAGCCCUUGGCCAACAACCUGCCGGGGGACAUGAUCAACAUCAGAGGGUACGGCUCGGCUGUGCUGGACAACUACCUCUUCAUCGUCGGUGGCUACCGAGCCAGCAGCCAGGAGAUCUCGGCCGCGCACUGCUACAACCCCUGCAGGAACGAGUGGAACCAGGUGGCACCACUCAACCAGAAGAGGUCUAACUUCAAGCUUCUGGCGGUGCAAGGCAAGUUGUACGCCGUCGGCGGCCAGAGUCUGGGGACGGUGGAGUGCUACAGCCCGGAGAACGACUACUGGACCUGCGUGUCGUCCAUGCCCGACCCGCUGGCCGAGUUCUCGGCCUGCGAGUGCCAGGGAAUGAUCUACGUCAUGGGGGGAUACACGGCCAGAGUGCGGAACACCAACCUCCUGCGCUACUGCCCCGUGGCCGACACAUGGACGGCGUUCCGCCCGUGCACGGUGCACGUGCGCAAGCAGCAGAUGCUGUCGGUGGAGGACACCAUCUACCUGGUGGGUGGCUACACGCACAAACUGGAGCACGCGCGGCGCUGGCCCAGCGAGACGGAGGACGUGCUGACCGUGCAGUCGUACAACGUCACCACCGGAGAGUGGCUGCAGCUCAAGGAGAACACGUCCAAGUCGGGCCUUAACCUGACGUGCGCGCUGCACAACGACGGCAUCUACAUUAUGAGCCGCGACAUCGGGCUGUCCACCAGCAUGGAGCACCGCGUCUUCCUCAAGUACAACAUUUUCAACGACGCCUGGGAGGCCUUCAGGCGCCUGCGGGCGUUCGGACAGAACAUGCUGCUUUGCUCGCUUUACCUCCCCAACGUGCUCUGAUGG